UCCUGCGGCAGCUCCAGCACUAGCCCCAGUCCUGGGUCUUAGCCCAGUCAUGGCAAGAACCCUACGCCUCCUGCUGGGCACCUUGGCUAUAGCCUUGUCCUUGAACCUGGCAGCCUGCUCUCACACUAAGGACAAGCAGAAAGCCCUGGGUGGCGUGGAGGCAGCUGAUGCCAGUGAUAAGGAGGUGCAGCAGAUGGUGGACUUCUCACUCAGAGUUUACAAUGAGGAGAACAAUGACCUGUACUACAGCCGGGCAGUGAAGGUGCUAAGCGCCAGGCAGCAGGUUGUGAAUGGAAUGAUGUACUACCUGCAAAUACAAGUGGGCCGGACCACAUGUACCAAGUCCCAGUCCUACUUGGCUGACUGUCCUUUCCGUGAGCAGCCGGCUCAGCAGAAGAAAGAAAUCUGCUCCUUUGUGGUCUACACUGUACCCUGGUUGCAUGAAAUCUCCAUGGAAGAUUACAGCUGUCACAGUGCCUAAGGGUUGUCCCAGGCUGGGCCAUGCUGACCACCUUUUACUUACAGCGACCCCCACCCCCACCCCACUGUCUUGCAGUGCAUCUACCCCUAGCCAGCCCCAGAGGACAACUUCCCCUCCUGGAGGCUGGUCCAAGCAGCUUGAACAUUCACAUGGAUCUUCCCCUGUAAAUUUCUUGUUGCUUUUCAAAUAUGCAUGCAUGGUAUACACGGUUGCUCCUGCCUUGCUCAAUAAAAC